AUGUCUUCAUUGAAACUUCAUCAACAGAGAUUUGAUUACUUUUUAGUACUUGAUUUUGAAGCAACCUGUGAGCAAAAUGCCAAAAUACAACCGCAGGAGAUCAUAGAAUUCCCUGUGUUAAAAGUUAACGGUACAACAUGGGAGACAGAAUCGAUCUUUCAUCAAUAUGUUCGACCUGUACACCACCCACGACUCACCACAUUUUGUACCGAACUCACUGGUAUAAUACAGAAUCAAGUUGAUGAACAGCCUGAUUUCAUUGAAACAUUCAGGUUAUUUGAAGAUUGGAUGCACAAAGAAAAAUUGCUAGAUGGCAUGAUGACCAGUGUAUUUGUCACUUGUGGAGAUUGGGAUCUCAAAACUUGGUAA